AUGUUUUCGCCUUUGGCCUUUCCUGAUGGCGCCGUAUUCUACGAACUUAUAACCCACGUACCCCCACCUUCGCAUCUCGCCCUGUCGCCGUUCGACUUCUAUCGCGAACCGCUCGCCGUCAUUGCGGUCGCAGACGGAGACGAACUCAACCGAGUCGCCUUCAACAAGAGACAUUCUGGCAAUGCGCCCACUGUUGCCGAACAGAACAUCCGAACGUUGUAUCAGGAAUUGGAGGACUUGAGAGACCGCUUCGGAAAGGCGCUGGUUCAUCAAGUCUUGAUCUUCGACCAUGCGCUUUCGAAAGAGAAUUCUGUACCUUUGCCUGAGGGACUCGUCGCUAUACCACCGCCGGAUGAGUGCAAGCGCACGACCAUGAAAACAAUAAUGUGCGACAUCACGUCGCAGCUCCUGGCGGAAAUGACAAGUCUGGCCAAGUCAUUUGAGGCAUGGUCUUUCAUCGAGUCCCCAGGGCAGUCUCAGUCAACCAGACAGACGAACGGCACAUCAUGGGGCGCGGAAGACUCCGGCUCGGCGAGCAAGAGGGCAUCUCAGUUCAUUCCGGGCCCGCAGAGAUCAAGCUCGACAAGUGGCAUUCCGGAUCGGCAAAUGAAUCGCAUGUCUAUGCCGGUCGCGCCGAUGAAACAUAAUUCGGCUAUAGCGUCAAGCAACUCGACACCAGCCCGGCCAUCCACUCCUGUGAAAAGCGGAUUGUCGAACCCUCCAACCACUUUUGACGACUUGACUUCCGGUAUGAGCAGCGGCUCUUCGACCCCUGACCGAAAUUCGAGGCCGGGUGCUGGGGAGCACUUCAGGUCGGAAAGUUCAGAUCGAGUUUCGGUGCAAGGAUUCGGCUCCGGUGGUCUGAACGACCGCUUUAGAGCGAAAGGGAAAGGCAGGGUAACGAUCCUUGUGGGGUCUUUAUAUCUGCAAGCAGGACGGUGGACCGAUGCGCUGAAGGAACUUAUCGAUGGCGCCACGGUUGCGAGGUCGAUUAACGACCACAUAUGGCACGGCAAGGCACUGGAGUUGAUCACUCUUUGUCUACUGCUUCUAGGAUGGGUCAAGGUGGAUUUCCAGGUACCGUCUAUUUGCUUGCCCCCGCAAGACAAAUCCACGGCCGCUACUUAUGCUGCUCUAGAAGCGGCAACCCCAACCGAUUUGGCCCAACCCAAGCAUAUUCGGAACCUUCAGAUCAUACUACCAGACCUUCUAGACCGAAUCUCAGGGCUGUACUCCCGGAUUUCCGCCGAGCAUCUGCCUCCUCUACCCCUUGCCGAGACGACGAUUCGAUUCUCCAAGAUUUUGUCUGCUUUACACCUUGCUGACGGAAAGCUCGGAGAGCGAGCCUACGACACGAUCAUCUUUGGCAAGCUGCCUUCGACCCCUCUGACAACCUCGCCUCGGUUGACCAUCACCCCGAGCCGGCAGUCAAUCGUCACAUUUCUCUUCCGCGCGUUUCCUGCCUCUUCGUCGGAGCUUCUCACCAUCGCGGAUAGAGUUUCCAUUCUAGCAGGAAUCGCGUCCGUUCUUGGACCCCUCGGCCAUCAUCGCAAGAAAGCAAUGGUCACUAGGGAACUCGUUUCCGUUUUGAUCAGCGGUCUGGUUGAGGCGCGCACUCGCGGGGCUGCAGACAUGGGUAUACACCCUGCGGCCGGCCUGGUAGCUUUGAAUGCUGCCAAGGGACACAGCAACAGUGCAGUUGCCCUAGAGCUGGGUGAAGGCGACGUUGAACAGGGAAUCGAGGCGUUUUUAGCCCUUCUGUGCAAGUCGUAUGGUGUUGUCGGUUUUGACAUGAAGAAACAACCCGCAGACGACGCCAUUUCGACAGAGGACUCUGACGCUGCUGUCAUCGAUAGAAUUCGGGGACAGGCAGCUGCGAGAUUCUUUGGUUUCACCAGUGUCAAGUUGAACAUACUGAGAGCAUGCAUCAACUUCUCUGAAGCACUUCCUGACUUCAACGGUGUUUUGAAGUUCUCUGGUGAUUUGCUCCGCACGGCUGGGUCAGGAGUUGCUCCUGGCCCUCGCAAAGAAGAUGCGUCACCAGUGAUUACCCGCGACGAGCAGAUCCGGCUGGCCACAAAUAUUUCAAAGACGUCGAAUCUCGCUAAAAGGUUAGGCUUGAAUCAUCUGGCGGCGGAGUAUUGGGAUGAGUUCUUCGUUCGUGGCGUCGCCUUAGAACCACUGCCGACUACUAGAAUUCCGGUUCCCCAUGCCAAGAGCACACUUCCUGGGGCAGUGACUGCAAGAACUUCUCAAGAUGUCAACCCCUUUAUAUACAACCCAUUCCUUAAGCAGCCCGACAAAGCUGCUGAUCACAUUCUCGUUGCGAACGAGCCCGCAACUUUCAGAGUCACCCUACAGAAUCCAUACGACAUUGAAGUGGACGUCGAAAGCCUCCGCUUGGACACCAGCGGUGCGGAGUUUGAAUCAAACUUGGAGAGCACUAUUAUUGGCCCAUACCGAACGCAGAUUCUCAAAGUCUCGGGGACACCAAAAGGACCCGGUGCCUUGAAGGUUACAGGUGCAGUCAUUCGUGUUCGCGGCUGUCGCGAGAGACGAUUCCCCAUCUUCAAACAACCGUGGACGCCGCAAGCAGAUGUAAAGGUCAAGGCUACCGGACUUCAAGCAUUGGAGAGCACCCUCGCCUCGGAUGCUCUUAUUGGCCAGCCGCUCAAGGUGGAGAGUUUGGGGUUGAAUGUCAUUGCCCAACAGCCCAUCGUCAUUGUCAAAUCGACGACUCUCCCCCAGUCCUCGGUCAUGGUGCUCGAAGGAGAGAGACAGGUCUUCUCCGUCACCUUACAGAAUCUAUCUCGAACGACUCCGGUGGACUUUAUGCUUUUCUCCUUCCAAGAUUCCACACAAGGACCGUUACAGGCAGGCAUCAACAACAGAGAUGCCACACCAGCCGAGUUGUACGAAUACGAGUACAUUCUCAUGAGGCGCCAAGGUCUCCGGAGGCUGAAUAAGAAGGAACCCGAGAAGCGAUACAUUGCUCCGGGAGGCACCGCCAAGUUUGAUUUUGAAAUCCUUGGCAAGCCUGGUCUGACGAACGCUGCCAUUCAGAUCGACUAUGCUCAUCUUGGAGUGCCUCCCGAGGAGGUGACGGAAAAUUUCCAUACCCGACAUGUCUCACUGCAGUUGACGGUCACUGUAAAUGCGAGCGUCGAGCUCACGCGGCUGGAUGUCCUGCCUCUUAGCGGGCCCGUACCUAAGCCGCUCCUCAGCCUUACGAACCUGGAGUCGAAGACUAAUCCAUUGACAUUGGCAGACGAAUACUGCCUUUUAUCUAUGGAUCUACGCAAUGCCUGGCCAAACAACAUGGCGGUCGAAAUGGACGGCGAGGACGGCAUAGUAAUUGAGGAGCACGUUCUCCCUGGAAAUACCAGCCGCGUCAUCGUUCCCCUGCGGCGCAUACACCUUGAGGACCCUCACGCAUCGAUCCCGGCACUCAACCCAUCAAGACAGCGACAGUUUGUCGUCAGCACAAGCAAGAUCACGCCCGACAUGGAACGCUCGAAUCGCGAAGCAUUUUGGUUCAGAGAGAGGAUCCUGGAAACGCUUACUGCCAGAUGGAAAACAGUGUCUGGCCCAAAGCGGAGCGGUUACAUAGACCUGCGAACCAUCAGACUUUCACCUAGGAUGAUGGAUGCUCUCAGGAUUGAUGAUGUUGGUAUCGAGAUAUCAGUCCGGGACCCCGAACAAACUGUAGGCCAAAUGGUCAAACAGAGGAUCCUCGUCGAUAAUUUUGUCCAAGUCAAGGUUGGCAUCACGAAUCGGUCGGCCAAGCCAGUCUAUCCGAUGUUGAGACUAAUGCCAGCCUUGUGCCACCGUCCGUUGAACGUUGCGUUGGACUUCACGCGAAAAUUCGCCUGGAACGGUACCUUGCAACAAGCCCUGCCGCUGUUGGCCGCCAAAGCGAGCACGGAGGUGGAGAUUCAAGCCAUGGUACUGUGUCGAGGGGAAUUCGAAAUAGGGGCAUCAGUCGAGGAGUAUAAGAUCUGGGAAGAGCCCAAGGAAAAGAAGGAAAAGGAAGAGACACAGGAGAGCCGACAACGAUCGGAUACUCAGACGAUGCUAAACGCGAUCAUCGGUGGGAAAGAAAGGCGCAUUUGGCACUCGAGGCAACCCUGCAUCAUCAAAGUGGUGGAUCAGGACUAG